AUGCCUAGCGCAGAUACGAAACGCAAGAAGAACGAAAAGAAAAAUGCUGCUAAUAAUGCUGCUGCCAGCAACCGAAAUAUUCCGGGCUACAACCCAAUCCAGACAUCAAGUAGCUCGAGCAAUCAAGGGAGUCAGCUCUCGGGUCGAGGAGUUGCUGUGACACCCUCAGGGCUCCCUCCCACGCCCACGGGCUCAGUAAGCCAGUCCUUGGCCACGCAGCUCAAGCUGCCUUCUGGCACUACUGGUUACGGCAAGAGGAACGAUUCGUCUGCAAGUGAACCAGCUGGGGUCAUUGCUCCCGCUAGAUUCCAGAACUCCAGUACUGCUUCUGGGUACUCAGGUACAGCAGCCGUUACCACAGGAUUUCAAACAACCCAAUCCCCUGCUCAGCAAACCCAGGACCCUAGUCAACAAAAAGGCAAGCAGGCCGCGUCUGGAAAUGCCGACCAACAUGACACAGCUGACACUACACAAUCUGCCCACAUCUCAUUAACAAGUGACCAUAGAACACGACCUACCGAGGCUAGGCAGUUGAACACAAACCAUUUUCCAAUCAGUAUCAACGCGCAGGUUUUGUACCAAUACUCCCUGGAUAUCAAGCAAUUGCCUAAGCCACCAUGCGAACGUAGUGGAGCUGCGGGAAAGCAAAGAGAGGUAGACAACUCCUCCAACACUACCGAUGGUGAUAAUAAAGAAAAGAAGAUCUCAGCACGUAUCAAAAGACGAGUCAUCCUGCUGUUGCUGAAGGACAUCCGUUCACAGCACCCCGAUAUCGGUUUCGCCAGCAACUUCAAAACAGAUCUUGUCACUUCCGCGUCGAUCAGUAACAUACUUGUUCAGCAGCCAAUCACCGUCGAUUACUAUGACGAAGAUGAGGUGAGGCCCCGAGCUGAGUGUAACAAGUUUGACAUCACAUUUGGCGAAGAAAGGGUUGUACCGGUGGAUCGCAUACUUCAAUACCUCAGGGGAGAUGGUCCACCAUUCGCGGGAUUCGCUGAUGUAGGGGCCGCCCGCAGUGCUCUCGGUCAAGUCGAGAGUGCCCUGAACAUCAUCAUAAGCCAAAAGCCAAAUGAGUUGAUGGAAAGAACGCCAAAUCAGCAGCGUCAGCCCGGAGUCACGUUCAACGGAGACAAGAAGUUCUACGACGUGCCGGAGCACCUCGACUUCGAUCAGAGUGAUUCUAUGAGGUCAAAUCGAAAUCCAAUUCGCGACGGUUAUGCUUGGGAUCUCCGAAAGCCUGGUUUCUUGCUUGCACUAUCAGGAUAUUUCAGGUCUACCAGAGGACUUCAUCAAGCAUCAAACCCGUUAUUGCUCAAUAUCAACACAACCACAGGUUGCUUUCACUAUGGCUCACGCGAUCAGAUGAAAACUGUCAACCAACUCAUCAGGGACUUCCGUUCAACAUCACAACCCAGCUGGGAGCACACAGAAGACUUUGUCAAGGGUCUACGUGUCAUGACUACUUAUCGGCGAGCAAGCCCGGCACUGCAGAAAAAGUUUCAAGACGAUAGUAUUGGGGAGGUCAGGGAAUCAAUUUUCACUAUCGCAGGUUUGCCACUUACAAACAAGAAAGGCAUGAGCACAUACUGGCACGAUCAGAAUGAGCCAACCUCGGGCAACGUAAGCUUCCUUGACAGCAACGAAGUCUUCACGUCUGUCCACACCUAUUUCAAUACUACACACAAUGCGGCUGUAGAUGCUUCGGAUUUCGUGGUGCGCAUUGGCUCGAACAACUUUCAGCCCGCUUCAAAGUUGCGAGUUCUUCCAGGUCAGUCAUACAAGGCUCAUGCAGAACCGAUCAUACAGGGAUCCAGACCUCCCGCAGAAAAUUGGAAUCUGAUCACAGGUCGUGGCUUGUCUAUGUACAGGUUAGACCCGUUGAAAACCCAGCAUUUUGGCCUCACCCAUCCGAAUAGUGCGAAUGACGCCUUGCGAGUUGGUUACCACAAAUUGGAAUGGCCGCCGUUCUUUUAUAGGACGCAAGGAGCACCAACAGCGCAAUCGUUGGUAACAACACUGAAAACGCCAUCAUGGGGUCUCAGGAACCAGCAAUUUGCCAAAGGUGCUGAUGUGAGUGGGGAUUGGUCGUACGUCGAGCUCUACAAUCCCGGAUCCGGACACCAAUCGAACGACAUGGAUAUCUGGAGAACAGUCGAGACUUUCGACAAUGAUCAUGUUGGCAAGUACGGUCUCAAAAACGCCAACUUGACAUAUAGCGAGCUUGACUGGGACCACCAUCGGAUAGGUUUGGACGGCAACCUCCUAACGGGAUUGCGUGCAUUUCGCAACCGCUUUUCGAGCAUCAAACUUCUCCUAUUCAUGAUUGGACAUACAAAACCGGGAGAUGCCGCUCCUUUCUACAACAUCGUCAAACGUUGGGGCGAUAUUGAGGCUGACUUGCCCACAAUUUGCCUCCUGAAAUCGCUUGGCAAGAAUGGACGAGCACAAUACAGUACCAACGGGGCUCAGCUCGGAAAUCUCAUGCUCAAGUUCAAUCUCAAGACCGACGAGAGGUCUGUCAAUCAUCAUUUAGGAGUGGAAAAGAGGUCACCUCUACUCAGCAAGGGGACCAUGCUUGUGGGUAUAGACGUGACUCAUCCCAAUGGCAAAUAUGUCAAGCCCGCUCCAAGUGUCGCCGCUAUGGUAGCUAGCACUGACGAGCACUUCAAUCAAUUCCCAGCAAGUCUACGCACCAACCCCCGUCCAGAGGACGAGGCCAAGUACAGGCAAGGCCAGGAAGAAGUCAAGUGUUUGGAACCAAUGCUCGAGGAGCGCCUUGACGCCUGGCUACGCAUUAACGGAGACGCGUCUCUGCCGCAUCGUAUCAUUUUCUUCCGUGAUGGUCUCUCAGUGGAGCAAUUCGAAAUGUGCCGAAGUCGUGAGUUGGGACAACUCCAAAGAUGUAUCACCAAAAAGUAUGGUGAGCUUGGAUGUUCUAUGCCAGAGAUUCUCUUGAUCUGUGCGGUUAAGAGGCAUCACUGCAGAUUCUUCCGUCCCCUCGACAACAACAAUCGCCAUGACUUCGCCAAGCUUGACAACCCAGCCUCUGGUGUUGUAGUCUUUAACGGCGUCACAUAUGGCCAAAACGAGGAUUUCUUCCUGGUCAGUCAAGACACGAUCAAAGGUACCACCCGACCGACACAUUACGUGGUUCUCCACAACGAAAUCACAACGCUGAUGGUAAAUUCGCAGACAGGUUCAACGAGACCUGUUACCAUCUACGACAUCGCUGAAAUGGUGUAUCAAUUGUGUUGGGUUUAUGGUCGCUGCACUAAGACUGUUGGACUGGUUCCUCCAGCUUACUACGCAGAUCUUGCCUGCACUCGUGCCCGCAUCUACAUGAGUCGAGUCUACAACCCUGGACUCAGACUAAGUAGAACGGAGACAUAUGAUCCGACUACCAAUCCUGCCCACAGACUGCCUCUGGGUCCGCGCAAAGGCAGCGCGCUCAGUCACAGAAUGUACUACAUCUAG